GUCACACUAACAUCAUUGUUCGGGUAAGUUUUGCUAUGUACAACCUCACUACAUACAACCUCAAAAUCGAGCUAAGUACCUUUGUCCAUGCUUUGACUGAAUCAUGGCGCCGCUACAGUCUUAAUCUUUGUCUGUUCGUUUCCUGAAAGUAUUUAAGCAGAGUGGUCUCGACAAUGUGUCACUUAUUCAGUAAGCUCUGAAUCACAUCUUUUUUUGGAACUCUACUACUCUCAAGACUCAGGCUACUACUCGUUAUCGUGUUUGGCAACCGACUUAAGCUUCGGUUAGUUCUUCGAGUCCCAACCUAUUAGACGACGGACCAAGCUCAGAGCUGAGAAGGAAAUGAGACGCAAAACAGGGUUACUGUCUCUUCCCGAAGAACUCCGGUCUUAUAUUCUGAGCUUCCUUCCUUGGCGAGAUAUUCUUCGUUGUACAUCCCUAUGUAAGGCCCUUCGUCAGACAUACAUGUCAUCUUCCGAGCUUCAGUACAUCACUGAACUCGGUGGCCAACAACUGCUCCCUGUAUCCAACAACUACAUUUGUGUUUCUAAGCGUCUACAACUCCUGAGGGACAAAGCCUACGCAUGGUUCAAGUUUGACAUCGAGCGCUCUUUUAAAACAAUCUCUAUACAAAAACAAUUCUAUGAAACAACAAAAACGUUCAUCGCCGAUGGGCAUGCCUGCUUCUGGAACCCAUUUAUAGAGUCGGUCAAGAUCUUUCCAAUACUACCGAAGCCCUCACAGCAAACUAUCGAGCGUGAUUUCUCUCCGGGAUCGCUUUGCUCAGUUCCUAACCAAAACAACAUCGAUAUCUAUAUGGACCCAGCGCAAAACCUACUCGCCAUCGUCUAUGCCAUUAGAGAUGAUAGUUUCCCGUCUGAUGAGAAGUUCUAUAUCGACCUUGUGACCCUGGAUGGAGAUGGUACCCACCCGCAAGCUGCGGGACGGACACUGUUUCUGUCCGAGUUGUGCCUGCCUGAUAACUUUCUAACACAGAGUUUGAAACUCGCGGUUUUUGGGAGGCAUAUCGCUUUCCGGCGCACCCUACCAUUGUUUGAUGAAACAGACGAGCCUUUAUUUAAGUCUAUAUGGUGGUUGCAGAUUUGGGACUGGCAACACUCGACGACGUCCAAUAGUGUCCUCAGUAGCCCAAUAACAAAUCAAGAUUCUUACUAUCCAAUGGACUUUUGUUUUCUCGGAAACGACAGAUUUUUGAUUGUCAGCGACAGUUUAAAGCUCUAUUCAAUUGAGGAUAUGUCCCGGGAACCGCAAUUACUGGCGUCGUUCAUGUUGCCUGUAUCAACGAUGGACAUACGGUGCUUCACUCCGACGAACGAUAUCGCACGUAGCUCAUACCCGCAGAUACAAGCGAUGUGGACGUCAGAUCCUAAAAAUCGACUAUUAGCCCUUGUCAUCCCUUCAAGUCUCGACUUCGUCGUUUCCACCAGGAUUUUCUUCGAGCCUGACUUCCAAGGAAUUACAGUGCCAAUACCAUGGGAAGAUUGGGGUCCUUCAAAUACUCGUGUUUUCCCGCACGAAUUUCCAUGCAGACUUGGUGUCAGUGGGAACAGAGCCCUGUACGCAUUCCCUGCAGCCGGCGCGGCAUUAGAUGCAUUCGAUAUUGCCGCGGAGUACAGGUUGCAUUUGAUGGACUUCAGCCCAUUAGCUGUUAAGCACUACCAGCAAGGCCUAGGAAGAUUGGUAAAUGAGCCGUCUACGGUAGAAACCAGCCAGUCAAGACAGACUCUAACAACAUCCUUGCCCUAUGUCGAGUUCGUUUCGAAUAGAGGGUUCAGUUAUGGCGAGGUCAUCGAGAUAUGGCUCGAUAAAGACAAGAUUUACUUGUUCAAGGAAAACAUCGACACAAAUAAGUUGGAUGAGCUAGAGGUCAUUGAGAUUUAG